CCGGCGCGGACCAUGCGCGGCGCGCGCUGAGCGGCGGAGCCGCCGCCGCCUCCCGCCGCGGGCAUGAGCGCCUCGGCGGCCACCGGCGUCUUCGUGCUCUCGCUCACCGCCAUCCCCGUCACGUACCUCUUCAACUGCCUGGCGGCGGGCGGCAGUUCCUGGACAGUUGUUGCAGCUGGAUUAUUGGUCCUAGUUUUUAUUGCUCUUUUGGCUCGUGUUCUUGUCAAGAGAAAACCACCAAAAGACCCACUCUUUUAUGUUUAUGCUGUAUUUGCCUUUACCAGUGUAGUCAAUCUUAUAAUYGGGCUGGAACAAGAUGGAAUUAUUGAUGGAUUCAUGACCCAUUACUUGAGAGAGGGUGAACCAUAUCUGAACACAGCGUAUGGCCACGUGAUCUGCUACUGGGAUGGCUCUGUUCAUUAUCUGAUGUAUCUCUUGAUGGUGGCAGCUAUUGCUUGGGAACAAAGUUAUAGAACCAUUGGUCUCUACUGGUUAGGCUCCAUUGUCAUGAGCAUCAUUGUCUUUAUGCCUGGAAGCAUUGUGGGAAAAUAUGGAACAAGAGUGUGUCCUGCUUUUUUCUUAAGCCUACCAUAUAUUUGCCUUCCCAUAUGGGCUGGGUUCCGAAUCUAUAAUCAGCCCUCAGUGACUCAUGAUACUCCUGUCAAGGUGGUUCAGGAAGUCCAGAGGAAAGGACUGUUAAGACGACCAGUAGAUUUGAUCUUAGCUGCAUACCUCAUUCUAGCCGCAGGGUUCUGUAUAUUUAGGGGCAUGAUUGCUCUGGAUUGCCCCGCUGAACUCUGCCGGCUAUACAUCCAGCUUCACGAGCCRUAUAUAAAAGAUCCUGCUGCCUACCCUAAGCUUCAGAUGCUGGCGUAUAUGUUCUACUCUGUGCCAUAUUAUGUGAUUGCACUAUAUGGCCUCCUGGUGCCUGGUUGUUCCUGGAUGCCCGAUUUAACCCUUAUACAUGCUGGAGGACUAGCACAGGCUCAGUUUUCCCAUAUUGGUGCUUCUCUUCAUGCUCGAACUCCUUACAUCUACAGAGUCCCUGAAGAGGCAAAACAGUUUUUUCUGAUUUUGAACAUAAUGUACGGGAUUCUUCCCCAGCUGUUGGCUUACAGGUGUGUCAACAAGCCAGAGUUUUUUAUGAAAACCAAAGAAGAAGAAAAAACAGAAUAGUGCCACUGCUUUCACUUCCUCUUUUUGGCUAUGUAAAUAAUUGGCUUCGGAUGUAACCGAACUGCUCAACCGGAACCCAAAUGAAGUGUGUAAUAUGUGUAAAAUUGCAGAGUUUGUUUUGUUUAUGCUACUCAAAAAAAGGGAAAUAAAGACAACUGCCUUCAAUAUCAGUUCUGAACAUUUUGAUUUUACAUUGCAGUAAAUAAUAGUUCAUACAUCUAUUGAGGUGUUUUGACACUUUUAGAAAUAUUGCAUGGAGUUAAAUAAUAUCAGUAUUUUGCUUCCAUACACUGAAGUAUAUCAGUGUUAGGAACUCAUGUAUAAAAGCUACUGUAUAAUUUUAAGAUCAGUGCUUCUGAAGUGUCAAAAAUUAACAUACAUAAUUCUGUCACGUGCACAUGUUUUAUUUGCCAAAAAGAAUGCCUUGUGGGUCAGCCUUGUUAAAAACCCAAGAAAUUUUAAGAUGCAGUCAACUCUGAUGGUAGGAUUCCAUAUAUGGUAAAC